AUGGCUUCACAAAAGCAAAAAAACGAAAAAACCAUUCCUCCAUACGUGAAAGCAAUCGCGGGCUCAUUCGGAGGGACAAUGGAGGCGUGUUGCUUACAACCCAUUGAUGUCAUCAAGACCAGGCUCCAGCUCGACCGGUCCGGUUCGUACAAGGGAAUUAUCCACUGCGGCAUGACGGUGUGCCGUACGGAAGGCGUGAGGGCCCUUUGGAAGGGUUUGACUCCGUUCGCGACGCAUUUGACCUUGAAGUAUGCGCUUCGGAUGGGUUCCAAUGCUGUGCUUCAAUCGGCGUUUAAGGAUUCGAACACUGGGAAUUUGAGUCCUUAUGGGAGGGUUUUUUCUGGGUUCGGUGCGGGCGUGCUUGAAGCUCUCGUUAUUGUCACGCCAUUUGAGUUUACAUUGUUAGACGUUUAUUCUCUUCACAAGUGGAUGGUUUUUUACAUCCUAAAGCUAGUAAAUCACAAUGUGUUUCCUAUUGUCGAACAUCCUCUUCCCUUUGGAAUGUUAGCUGGAUCGUGA